AUGACUGGGGCUGAUGGCACCGUUCGGUCAUCUGCAAAGAACCAUCCGUGGAAUGUUCCUCCCUCCAACUGCCUUGCAUUUCUGGCCUGGAAGGGCCUUCUCCUCGCCGUCGCGCUGGCCAGCGGUUUGACUGGCCCUUCGUAUGAUACCUCGACCACUCUCGCCCUCAACCGCGUCGAGUCAUCCACCGCCUUUUCUCUCGUCACCCGGCUCACCCGCUGGGAUGCCAUUUAUUUCACAAGCUCGGCCCAGCAUGGCUACCGUUUCGAACAGGAGUGGGCCUUUGGGCCUGGUCUCCCCGCCGUUGUGGCCGCCCUCGCUCGCCCGGCCAAGUUCCUCGGCCUUGUGCCUGCCACCGAUUCAGGGUCUUUUGAAGCCGCCAUAGCCAUCUUUGUGGCGCAUGGAGCUCAUUUGGCAGCCGUCUUCGCGCUGUAUGAGCUGGUUCACACCGUCUGGGGCCCCCAGCGGCACCUGCCGCUGAUCAGCGCCCUCAUGCAUAUCCUCUCACCGGCUGGCCUAUUCUUGUCUGCGCCCUAUGCCGAGAGCUCUUUUGCGUUCCUGUCUUUCGUUGGCUAUCUCGUGCUUGCCAAGGCUUCUCAGGCGUCGAGGAGCUAUCUCUCCAGAACCAGUCUCCAGCUGGUAGCCGGCGCCGUAUUCGGAAUCUCGACGACGUUCCGCUCAAACGGCAUCCUCAACGGACUGCCCUUCGCAGCUGAAUGUGCCCUCGUCGUCCUCCAGCCCUUCUUCGACGCGAGUAGUCAGAUCCCCGACGUACUCUCCCUUUUCGGGCCCUUGUUGGGUGGCAUUCUCGUGGCCGCGGGCUCCAUCGUCCCGCAGACCAUCGCCUAUGCGCGCUACUGCUCCGGCGCAUCCGAACCACGUCCCUGGUGUGCCAAUGCCGUGCCAAGUAUUUACAACUUUGUCCAAGCACACUACUGGGGUGUCGGGUUUCUUCGGUACUGGACCUUCUCGAACCUGCCUCUCUUCCUGCUCGCCAUCCCGAUGCUGUUCAUCAUGAUGAAGUCAGGUGUUGACGUACUACGUUCGCCAGGCGGUGUGGGAGGAUCGGCACGUCAGCUGGAUUUGCGCACUGGGGUGCUCAUACGCUCCAUGGCUGCCUUGCAGGUCCUGCUGGCUGUCGUAGCCCUGUCCAAUUACCAUGUGCAGGUCAUCACAAGGCUGGCAUCUGGAUACCCUGUGUGGUACAUCUGGGUUGCGGGGUGCUUAGCAGGAGACAAGCAGGGAGCCAAGGUUUGGGGCGGCAGGGUCGUGGUGUAUGCCGUGCUGUAUGCUAUGAUCCAGGGAGCACUGUUCUCCGCGUUCCUACCGCCAGCCUGA